AUGAAGCCGAAUGGGGCUCCGCGUUCCAAGCCUGUGACAUUGAUGAGUUCCUGCGCUGGUUAUUUCUCAGAAGCUUUCGUUCUGGAGGAGCUUGGAAUUCCCUUCGAGGCUUGUGGUUGCUCCGAGAUUGAAGAAAAGCGCCGGGCUCUCUUCACCACCACGUUUCCAGUAGCACACGUUCACGAGUUUCUUCAGUCUGUGGAGAAGACGGCGCGCCCGGGAUACCACAUCGUCGUGAACGAGCUGCGGUAUGAUGUUUGGGCGCCAGUGAAACGCCCACGGUCCAAUGAAAAAAUGGGGUGGGAAGCCGUGGCUGCGGACUGUUUGGGCAACGCUGGUGAUGCUGCUGGCCAGUGUUCUGGGUGGCGGGGAGUGGCGCUCGAUUGCGCCGAUCUGUCGGAAGCUGAGCAAAGUGAGGCUAGUGCGGCUAGUCAAGCGGCUAGUCAGGCUAGUCGCAGUCCAGUUGCAGGUCCUCGGCCUUCCAAGAAGCCGAGGGGCCGGCAUGGCUUUCGAAAGCUUGUACGUGAGCAGAAGGCCGCCAGGGCCGCUGCCAGGGCGGAUGAUGAAGCUGCUUUGGUGUUGCCAUGGCGUUCUGCUGCCGCGACGGCCCAUGCAAGGAGUUGCCGCAACACGGCAACAAGGCAGUUAGAGGCAGAGGAGAACCAGCAGAGUGCUCAGCUCCUGUUGCGCGUGCGUGACAUUGGUGAGCCCUUACAGAGGGAGUUGGCAAUGAGCGCUUGCAAUGAAGACAAGCGUGCGCCAGACGAACCACUGCGGAGCAUUCUCUAUGACUCCAGGCCAGUUGUGACUGGUACAGCUGAGGCGAAGCAGCAAGCCACUUCGAGAACGAGCCUCGCAAGGAGGUUGUGUGAGGCAGCCUGUGCAAUGCUGCUGUCAGCUCCCUUUCUCCUUGGCAUGCUGCUUUGCAAAACCCUAGACUUGGUGCGCAACAAGAAGUACACGCUGGUUUCCAUGGUUCUGCGGCGAAGAUACGACGAGACGCCCUGCCGCAUUUCAGUUCGCCACCCCGACAAGUGCAGGGAAGAAGGGACCGUGGUGAAACUUCUUCAGACAGAGUUUGCUUGCUUGCUACUCGUGCACGACGGGCAGCGCUACAGUCAACUUCGGUGCCACUUGCCGACACAUCUCAAGGUGCUAGAGCGGAACACUGCGGAGCAAAUUGUAUUUUGUCAGCGGGAGGUUCAGCAACUUGUGCCGGAGCUUUGGCGGGCAACGGUCUUGUGCAAGCACCCUUUCCUACUGAUCAACACUGACGCUUAUUCUGCAAACUACUGCGCAGAACGAGCCCUCGCAAAGGACUCAGUGGAAGGGGACAUCCUGUCUAGAUCGCACUAUGCGUGCGAUGUACACAGAAUGCACACCUGCAGCAAGCGGCAGCACCAGCUGGUGGACGGCCAUAUCUCUGCGAUGAUCUACGCUGCUCUGGCUGCUCAGCAGGCAGGCGGCACCCGGCAGCUGCGUCGAGCGCUGUCCCAGGUUCUGCGCACAAGGGUUGUCGUGCGCUGCGGUGUCUUGGCCGAUGACAGCUUUGAGCGUACGCGCGUCCGAGAUGUGCUAAACUUGUUCCUGCCUGUGGCAACUGCUGGGGUCGACAGCCAGAUGUCCAGGCUGCAGAGGCGGAGUCUAGUGCGCCGUUUCUUGAUCUCGUUCUUCCUGAAUGGAGACACAACUUGCGAGCAGACAGUUGCGUUUUGGCACCCGACCUUUGGGCUGGACCGUGACUUGGUUUUGGAGGCCAUGCAGACCUACCUGGUCCCCGCGCUUAUCCCGCACAAGCCCCCAGUCCUGGUGAGAAAGAAUUGGACGGGCGCGCAGCCAGCAGUGGAGUGGUUUGGCUUGUUGUUGUCCUUGCACAACCUCUUCGAAGACACCAUGUUGGUGUACACUGGAACUUCCGUCCGUGCUGUCCCGGUGCCGCGCGCGGGUGGCUGGGGGCGAGUUGCUGCCCUUUGCGCAGACAGUGCUCCUGCAGCAGCUGAGAGUGCAGACGUGGAAGUUGACUUCGAUGCAGGGCCUCGACUACGCCGCCCUGUGCGUCAAGAAGCUGGUGCAGCUGAUGAAGCGGCGCCGGAGGACAGUGAGGCCCAGUCCGGAGAUGUAGAUUGGGCUGAGUACAACCGACAGCUUCGAACACGCGUCGUUGCUUGGGCACGCUCCAAGCCUGCCAAUGCUGUGAUGAUCUUGAUGGCCUCCAUGACCCCUUGCAUGCAGCUUCUGUCUGAGCUCCUCAAGAAGUCCGGGAGCCAGUGGGAGCAGCUGCAGCAAAGACUCGCUGCUGAGAGGGGUGAGCGCACAUACAUUGCUCUCGAAGCAAGCAAGCAGACGGCCCUGCAGACUUUCUUUGUCGCCCUCACGCAGAUUUUCAAAGCCGCUAUGCCCUACCUUUACCCGUCUGGCCUGCUUCGCAAGUACCAGGUGUUGCUGUUCCGAAUGCUCUCCAUUGCUGGCAGCGCUGUCCGUGUGUAUUUGGGAAUUCCUUGGGGAUCGUACCCGAUCAAACUCUUCAAAGCUUGCUUGCGAGACAUGUCCCUGCUCACUGAUGAAGAGUGCACGCUGUGCGACUUGUCGCAGAAAAUUCGCAGCAGCUUUCCUUCGGAAGACGCUCUUGGGGGCCAGGAAGCUCAAGCAGUGCUGUUGUCUUUGUUGUCCAUGUUUACAACUGACAUCAGUCAGAUCGAGUCGAACCAUUCUGCCUCACGCAGGGUGAUCACUAUGAAAUCCGUCCAAACUUCCCGCCCUGACCUUGAAAGGGCCAGCGCUGAGUGGAUUUGCCGGGGCAAUGUUACCAGAAGGAAAGCUCUGCUCGGGCCAGGACGACCUGACGCUGAGGAGCCAGCGCCUGCUCCCAAGACGAGGAAGCCUAAGCGAGUGGCAAAUUGGGGAUGGACCUGGCGUGCCUUUGUGCAUGAAAGACUUUCUGGUAAGAUUUCCAGGGAGGCCAUGUCUCGGCUUUCGCGUGAGUACGCUAGCUUGACUGACGAGGAGAGGACGCAUUUUGAGAACCUGGGUAACAUUGCCAAGGGUGCCGCGCUGCAAGGUCUGCGGGGCCUUCCUCGCCGAGGGAGAAAUGCAAUUUGCAGGUCAGGCGGCGAACCGUCGCAGCAGCUUGCUUUGUGGAGAGAUGGAACGUUAAUGGCGGAGCUCAACGAAGGGCUGACAAGGGUGAGAGAAACUUGCAACGCAGAGGCUCGUGAGGAGAGAGCCCUCGCGCACGCCCACGCAGAGACGUUGAACAAUGUUGUUGUGGAUACCGCCGCCUUGGAUCCUGUCCUGGAAGAGUGCCCUUCAGUGCGAGGCAGCUGUCGGCAUGUGGCUGCUGCGUUGCCUCAAUUGGAUCUGCAUUUGCCGGCUGAUCAGCUGGCUCAGCGCGCAUUGGAGCAUGAGUGGGAGCGUCGGGCCCGCAUGGUCUUUCAGGACGAGUGCAAGCCGGCCCGGGAUACGGGCGCCAAAAAACCAACUGUCUGCCAGUUGUAUGGUCGGUGUUUGUGCCGUGGCGCCGGCAAGGCGAGCUUGAACUUCCAUAAGAACUUCACCGCGCUCGUCAAGCCAUUCUUCACCCCUGCUCAGAGACGGAAAGGUCGGGUCUUCAGUGCAGCUCAGGAAGAGGACCGCAAGCUCAAGCAGCGUCAGCGUGAACUUCUUCGCGCAGGGUUUGUGGUUGCAAGGUUUCAACGAACAGGCCUCGAGUGGCAGGCAGACAAAGCUGAGACAGAUACACUGCAGCAGAGUGCGUGGGGCAGGGCGGGCUUGAAUUCCUUUGUCCUUGAGGCUGGCGGCGUGACCGAACUUUGGGUACACUUCGGCUUUGUCAACUUCCGAACCUGGGCGUGUGCUGGCCUCGAGCUUCACUCAGCAGGUCCUGCCGGAAGAUGCAACAGAGGUGAAGAGCUCAUGAGACUUGAGGUGCCAAGCCAGCCGUUGUUCGAGCCCGACAUGUUUUUCUACCAAAAGCUGCAGCUGAGCUUGCAGUGGAAAUGCAAGUACACCGUCGUCAGUGACAGUGCUCUGCUGUCUGCAGAUGAAAUGGUCCCGAACUGGGUGCUAGUGCGUGAGUUCCGAGCCAUUCCUGAAAUGCGAGUGUGGCGGGGGUCGGAUGAGGAAGACCGUGCGCAUGCGGAAAAAGCAAAGAACAAGUCUUCUGGGAAGCGGUCUGCGCCUGCGCCAGCCAAAGUUUCGGCGCCGCCCCAGCCUGGGCUGCAGUCACAGCCGCAAACUCAGCCGGCGGCUGAAGUGGAUGCGCAGGAGGAGGAGGAUGGCGACGACCUCCUUGCAGCACUGCUCAAGACUUCAGAAAGCGAGCCUGAACUUAGUGAAGCAGAGAUAGACGUUCAGUUUUCAGAGUGCUCAGAAGCGUCUGUGUUGGUGGAUCCUGACGACGAGAACUGCGACGACAGACCGGAGGAGGCAGUCGAGGACGAGGAGCCAGCAGAAGACGUUCGCCAAAAUGAGCAGCAGGAGGAAGCGGAAGCUGCAAGAGGGUCCGCAGAGCCGCCGCCGGCAGUGCCAGUGGCAGCUGACAGGGACGAGCCGCUUUCACCGGUGCUGGGGAGACGGGGCAGGGCAGCGAAGGCCUUCAAGGAUGUGUACGUGGAGUUCGGGCAGCAUGGUUUCCUGACCUUCAACAUCAAAUCAAAGUCUGUAGUUGCUCUCUGCAAGCGACAUGGGCCUGAGUGCAAGCGUACUAGGACAGUGAAGCAAGCUACCCGCAGGACUGUUUCCAACAGCGGCCAGGGGCGCCCGGUCGGGCUCCUGGCUGCCUGGCUCCUUGAGGGGGGCAAUCACGACACCUCCGAGGGGCACCGCGACUCCAUACAGUUCAUCACACUUUCAGAAAGGAGAAGUGCCCGCGAGGCAUUUCAAGUCGUGCCAGGCGCGCAGCAAAUCCUGACAGAGGAGGCCGAUUUGGCUGGCGUUUGGGAGCCAACUGACAUCAACUGA